AUGUCCUUCCCAGCACCUUCGGCAGAACCAAGACGGGAGUACCCGACCGUCUCGGGCCACCGCCCGGUGGUGGGGGUCUCGACAAAGAUGUACUUCAGCCACGCGCGGACGACCGCCUUCGUCUCGUCGGUGUUGGCGCUGCUGCGGGAGGCGCCCGGGGCGGCCGCGCUGCUGCGGGACCGGGUGGACGCCUUCGUGGCGCCCGACUUUGUGUCCAUCCCGGCGACGCGGGCGGCCGUCAUCGUCGAGGCGGAGGCCGGGGCCGGGGCCGGAGCGGGGGCCGGAGCGAGGCUCGUCGUCGGCGCCCAGGACUGCGCCGCCGCCGACGAGGGCCCGUACACGGGUGAGGUCUCCCCCGCCGUCCUGCGCGAGCUCGGCUGCGGCCUCGCCGAGGUCGGCCACGCCGAGCGCCGCCGCCUCUUCGGCGAGUCCGACGACCUCGUCCGCCGCAAGGCCGCCGCCGCCGCCCGCAACGGCCUCGUCCCCCUCGUCUGCGUCGGCGAGGAGGUGGUCUCCCCUGGUGUCCGGGCGGCGGCCGAGGAGGUGCUGGGGCAGGUCAAGGCGGUGCUGGACGGGCUGGACGGCGAGGCGGACGUGAUCUUGGCGUACGAGCCCGUCUGGGCGAUCGGGGCGCCCGAGCCGGCCUCGGCGGAGCACGUGAGAGGCGUGGCGAGGCUGGUGAGGGAGAGCGAGGCGGUCCGGGGCCGGCCCGGGAGGACGCGGAUCGUGUACGGGGGCGCGGCGGGCCCGGGCCUGUGGGGGCGGUUGGGAGGCGAGGUGGACGGCCUGUUCCUGGGCAGGUUUGCGCACCAGCCGGAGCAGUUUGUGAAGAUGCUGUACGAGGUGGCGGGGAUGGAUUUCGAGGCUGAAUGA